AUGUGCCUGUACCAUAAACGCGACGGCGACGAGCUGGUCUUUGUUGGCGUCUACGUCGACGACCUUCUGGCGACUGGAACGAGCGUCGCGGCGGUCUAG